AUGAGUCAACCAAGUAAAGUAGUUGAGAAAAUAUUUCAAGAGGUGAAGAACGAAGACUUGGCUUCCAUCAAACAAAUUCUCUCGGCUGACAAGGACUUAAAAAAAUGGUGUUCACUCGUUAAAGAAGAAAUAGCAAUAGUCACCUUAAUGGAAAGUUUGUUGGAGUCCGACAUAAUGCUACCAAGAUUAGUGAUGUGUGGCGUACGAGUCAUGUCCCCACUGCACUACGCUGCACUAAGAGGGGCAGAUUCCAUUCUCGCUUUCAUCCUGGCGUACACCAGAGUGCCAGUUCAAACGACGCUGAGUGGGGGAUCGUCGCUCCUUCAUAUGGCAUGCUUUGCCGGAAACAUGACAACGAUCAAGAUGCUAAUUGAUGAAUGGUCAGCAGAUGCGCAUCAAAAAGACAGCUACGGUUGGUCACCACUGCACUAUGCAAGCAUAGGAGGUCAGUUGUUGUGUGCCGAAGAACUCUGCCGGAAGGGAGCCAACCCGAUGGACCGAGACCAAGAUGGAACCACUCCCGCCUACAGGGCAUACAAUUUCGGGCACGAUGAUUUGGUAGUAUUUUUCAAAAAUUUGACAAGAAAUAAUCCCAAGCUGUUAAUUGUAGAGCAGAACGGAGCCAACAACGGAGCUAGCGACAACAGUGUGAAUAAAAGGAGAACAUCGUCUAACAAAAUAGCUGACAUCGAUUUCAUCAUCGACAACGCUUAUGACUUCCCCGACGACAACAUGGUAACAAAAGUUCAAUGCAAAUAUGUGCCAAGCAAGGAAACGAGCAACAACGACAAAACUGUAAAUGUCGGAGGAAGUAUAUAUGAUUUGCCAGAUAAUAUAGAUAGCAAUAAGUUGGCGCCAAAUAUUUCUGAUGAUCCAAAAAAAGAAAUCUCGAAGAAAAAAAUACAAGCUCUUGUUGAAAGUCAGUUAAAAGACGUUUUCAACGAUAAUUUCAGUGAUCCCUAUCUACAACCAAUCAACGACAAUUCAAAUUUGUAUGGCACAAUGAACAACGGCAGUAUUCAAAACAUCGGUUUUAAAACUCUGAAAUAUUUGCUUAAAUCUGAAUUUCAGAAAUACAAAUCUACGAUAAUCCCUCCAAACCAAACCUCUUACCCGCAACAACAACAGAACAAAGACGAUCAAAUAUACGAUGAUAUUUACGAAGAAAUAGUUAAAUGUUCCGUAAGAGACAGAGAGAACAAGUGGGUGAGAGGAGGCCAGACCGUAAGGGGCAGAUUUGAUCAAGAAAGACCUCCCCUGCCUCCGAGAAAUUCAAUAAUAAAAAACGAUCCCUACAGAACAAACCAGCCACCUUCAGGAACGCCUCAAGCAGACCAGUCAGUCAGCAAGGAUUUCAAUGUGGCGAGCAGCAAGUUGAACCUCAUCGAGGAGACCCAAGUGAUAAAAGAAGCAUGCUUCAAUGAACUCCUCUGCGUUCUCGAAUCUGGAGACUGGCAAAAGUUGGCUUUAGCACUGCCCAUUCGAGAUAAUAAAUCUUUAGCAUCAGAGAAGAUAAAGAAGAUAGAAAAACAAUUUCCAAAGGAUCCAAGGAAGCAGGCCAGAGCGGCCUUGCAAGAUUGGAACUUUUAUUACGGAAAGAACGCCACUUUGGAUAAACUCGUAGAAGCCAUGAAGAAGUGUGGCCUAGUGGAGAAGAUACACAAUGUCGAGUUAGCAAGCAAAAGUGAAUUUGCUGCUUAA